CGUUGGGGCGGGCGGACCGGGGGAACCGGCUGCCUUGCCUGCUCCGGGGCGGGCAGGGUGCCCGGCUUUGGGGUGCCGGGGUGCCAGGCUGCUUCAGUCCCUGGGGGAGGGCUCUCCUCUCCUCGCAGCAGGGGCGUGUGUGCGGAAAGCUUUGCGGUGAGCGGGCUUGUCCCCGCAGGAGCCGGAGUGGAGGGGAUCCAGAGAAACGUGGGAAACUUUUCAUGCUUUGGGAGGAAAGGUUUGGCUGCGGGGAUCUUAGACCACCUUAUGCCUUGAGGAGAGUCUCUGCGCUUCGCUUUUAAUGAGUUAGAAGUUGAUUUGCCUUCCCAGUCUCGUCGGCCAAGUGUAGGCAGGCUCCGAGGAGAACUUUUGAGUUUUUCUCUGGUCGUGGGAAAAUGAAAAACUGUAAAAUGUGUCUCUGGGGUUAGUCUGGGAACGCAAAGGCUUAUUUUUAUGCCUUCCUCUUCCCCUCCGGUUCAAAUCAGGUGACAAUGUUUACUGAGCCAGAGGUGAAAGUCAGGUAGAAGACGUGGUGUGGUCUGUGCCAGGAUCGGGAAUGGCACCACAACUCCUCGGCGAGGGGAAGCUGCAACUUUCCUGCUGCUGCGCGUACAGCUACAAACCAGCUUCGGUUUUUACCUCUUUUCUUUUUUGAUCGCUUCAAAUUUCAACCUUAAUCUUUUUCCUGGAGGAUUUUUCAAAGCUUUUAAUGUUCUUGUCUCCCACUGGGACUGAUGAAGAGGUCUGUCCUGCUCCCAAAGUCACUGGGCAUCCAUAUUUGUUUGAGGGUUCAUUCCCUGAUGAAUAGUGGCAUGCUCCUGUGGAUUUUGUUUUGCAGUAGAAAUUUUAGUGGUGUUUGGUAAAAUUUCUCGUUAGACUGCAUAUUAGCUCCAUUUUCUCCCUCUGACGUUUCCUGUCAUCUUUGGAAUUGAAGGCUUAAAAGCUAGUCAGUGCUGAGAGAAUUAAAAAAAGGAACAAGUGUCCAGACCUUUGAAGGGGCAACACUGUGACAGUGUUAUAUUCAGCCAUACCUUCUGGCUGAUAAAACACUGCCCAGGUAGCCAAAUUGUCUGGCUGCUUUGCAUCGGACCAGAUAGGAACAUGGAGAGGGUAAGUGAUGCAAGUGCAGAACAUAAACCUUGCAGAGUCCUUUUUCUACCUCCCAGAGUUAUGUUAUCACCGGGAGCCAUAUGCUGUUUAUAAUCUCAGCUGUGCUUAUCGGCGUGUAGGGCUUGUCUUUCCUCGUAACAUCCGACCGCCUCGGUCCCUUUGUAUUUUGAUAGUUUUAGAAUUUCUCUGAUUGAGCCGUGACUUGUGAAUCUGUUUCUGGUUAGCGUUGCUGUAAUCUCUUCUGAGAUAUUAGUUGCUGCGUGCAGUCCCUCAGGGAGAAAGGAGUGAGAAAUCGGAGAGAGGUCAGCAAACCUGAGAAUGCCGGAGGAUGUGGGAGAGAGCUGUAACUUGGCCUGAAGUAUUUACUUCUGAGUGAUGAUGAUGGAAGGGGGUUGGCAUAUAGAUUUGCUGCUCCCUGGGGCUGUAAAUAUCCCAUGUGGAGGAGAAGGCCUUUGAAACAAUGGGAUCAUUUAGGGGAGGGAAUGCUUCCUGCAGUCAGGAGCCCCGUUUUCUGUCUGGGGUGCUUAAAUCUAGUUUGCUGCAGCGUGGAUGGGGAGAUGGGCAGGGUGACCUUAUUUCCAGCUGUUGAAGCAGAAAGUCUGGUUUGAUCUGAAGGCAGUUUCUCCUGGACCUGACCUUUUUGCUUGGAUAAACAGAUGGGUUGAUUCUGGGAGAGCAGGGCUUGCCCUUCCCCAGCCAGGGACGUGUGUCAUGCAAGCCUUCGGAGUCUUGCACUCUCCAUAACUGCCACCGCUCACGGUAAAACCCCAGAGCCUGACUGCCCCACGGAUGAGCUGGCUCUAGGUACUCCCUGCGUGUUUGCUUGUACCUCUUCCGCGUCUCUACCGGCCUUUGCCUGGCUUUGGUUCACCUGCUUUCAUCCCGCAGCCGCGUAGAACGCGCUAACUGUCCCUGUCUGUCCCAUGCUACGCAGUUGGUUGUGCGGCUGCUCCAGCAGUCUCCUGGCAGCAUGUUGCACGUUCUCGGUGUGAGCGGGGGGCAAAUAGCUCAGCCUGACGCUUGGCUUGUUGCCUCGGUAGAUGGCUCUUCCCGAUCAUUGGCCACAUGGGUAUCUGCACGUCGACCGGAGUCAUUCGGGACUUUGCGGGGCCGUACUUUGUCUCGGAAGACAACAUGGCAUUUGGGAAGCCAGUGAAGUACUGGAAACUGGAUCCCAGCAAAGUAUACUCCACCAGUCCCAAUGCUUGGGACACGGCCGUACACGAUGCCUCGGAGGAGUACAAGCACCGAAUGCACAACCUUUGCUGUGAUAACUGCCAUUCUCAUGUGGCUCUGGCCUUAAACUUGAUGAAAUAUGAUAACAGCACCUCCUGGAACAUGGUGAAGCUCUGCUUCUUCUCACUCCUGUAUGGGAAGUAUGUAAGCAUAGGGGGAUUUGUGAAGACCUGGCUUCCUUUUGUCCUCUUCUUGGGGCUGAUCGUGACCGUUGUUCUCACACUUCAUUUGCGGUGAUGGCAGUUGUGAAAUCCCCGUUCUGGGCACACGAAGGAGGAAACUGUGACUGAUCCAGCGGGAUGGAGGCAUGGGACUCUGGGAGGAGUUUUCCAGGGAAGGUGGCAACUCUACUCCAUUGUAACAGCUCAUCUUUGUUUCCUGGAACUGGCUUCUUUUCCUUCUGUUUUUGUUCUGUCGGUGGUGUCUCCCAGUGUCAGGGGUCUUGAAGCCUCCUGCUCUCUCCCUGAAUAUGCUCCCUCUCUGCAGUUUGGUAGGUAGACGCGCGAUCAGGAAAGGAGAGGUGUCGCACCUUUCCUCUCAGUGCCAAGUAAAAAGCCUCAAGGAGCACAAGCAGAUAACACCUUGUAAGGUUCUCUCUGAUCACCUCGUUUCUUCCUCUUGGCAGACUUCAUCAGAUGCUUCCUCAGAUUUCCUGAGUCUCCAAGAAGUUGCUCUUUCCCCGUUGGACGACUCUCCCAUAGCACAUGUUUCACAGUGGAGGUGUGGGGUUCCUCCUGGGGACGUAGAGUGCCACAGCACUCCCUGACAGUCUCCCCAGUAGCGACGGAAAGGUGUUGACGGUGCAACACUCCUCUUGAGGAGACACGCAGAGGAACGCUCUGUGGCAGGGCAGAUUCAUCUGGUCCUGCUGGUGAGCCCAGAAAGGCAGGAAAGGCCAUCGUCUGGUUUGGGGAUGGCUCAUGGCAGUCUGCACACUUUCAACAGUCUGUUGCAGAGUUGGGAGUCUACUGCUAAGUCCCUUUUAGCUUGUGCCAGAAAAAAUAGAGCUUCCCUGCUUCUCCUUGUGCUCUGAAUAUCUAAAACUGUCGUUAAACUUCUCAUGAGCCACUCACUUUCUUUUGAUCCCUAAUACUUUGUGUGUCGCAGCGUACGUGAGCCUGCAGAGGUGGCAGCAGCAGGAGGAACAUGUUUCUGGGGCAGAAGGCUUAAUGUAGGGGUUUGAAAGCAUCCAUGAGUGCAGCUCCUGAGACCUGAGUUUAGUAGGGCCAUCAGAGAUUAAAAGAAAAGGUGAAGGGACUGGAAAGCAUCCAUGUUCUGGUUGGGCUUUGCAGCAGCAAAUGGAUGCUGGCUUUCUUGAAGCUGGUUCUGGGAUGGUACACAAGGUCUGUUUAUUUCUUUGGUGUGCUUUGAAGAGCACACCUGGGGUAAAAGCGCUUUGCAGGACUGGUUUAGGUGUGAGAAAUGCUGGUCUGGCAGCGUUGGUGGGCUUGGUGGCCCCUUUGAGCCCUGAAUCGGGCAGGACGGGUAGUAGGGGGUAGGUUGUUCUUGAGUGCUAGGCAGGAAGUGAAUUUGGACAUGACCCAGAGCCUCUUCCAGGUUGAGAGGUCCAGGUCUGUGUUUGCUGAGGCUCUGGCCUCCAGAUGCUGCUUUCUGUGGGGCUCUGAGCCAGGGGCUUCUUUAAAAACUGUGGCUGAAGGGUUGUGUGCAGUUGAGCAGAUCCCCUCUGACUGCAGCGGAAGAUGAGAGUAGCUUUUCCACUCACGCCUUGAAAAACCAGCUCUUUACUCCACAACCUGAUGGAUUUCAACCUGCUUGUGGCCAGCAAGAAAGCUCUUCUCGACUACCUGCCAUCUCUGUGGCUCCUUCUGACUGGGAAGCCCCUUCGCUGUCACCCCACUGGCUCUCAGGCCUGUCCCCGUGUGCCUUUCCAUCCGCUUCCAUCUCCAACUCCUCUAGCCAUGUGGGAGGUGUGGGGACUCCUCUUGGGCUUCUCGAUUUCUGCGGUUCCUCCUUUUCCUCAGUCACUUUUAAAUAACUCCUUUAACCUCUCCCUUCUCCUAGUGUCCAGUUGUCUUUGUCAUCUGGUUUUCUCCUUUCUGGGAGGGGGCAGGGGGGAACUGCACAGACCUCGGUGCCCUUCCACGCCUACCUGGGACUGAAAUAGUCGGUGUCUGCUCUGUACAGUCAUCUCGAGCCGGUGUGGAGAGCAGGCUGGAGGCUGCUGGGCCUGGGGCUGAUUAGAAAGCCACAAUCUUGAUCAAAGAGAACCUUACGAUGAAAGGAUGGUGUCUUACCGAGCUACCCUGUGUUGCUGCAGUCUCCGCCCAGCGAGCCUGCUGGCUAACGUGCCCUAGGACAAGCCAGCUGAACAGGAGAGAUUAAUCCUUUGCCUCUGUUUUUAAUUUAAGUAUGAUUUCUCGGAGUGACCCGCCAAGGAUGCGCUGGGAGUCCCUGGCCCCAGGGCUGAAGCCAACCUGUCUUACGCAGUAGCAAUAACCUAGAGACUCUUAGGCCUGUCUCACACGUUGAUUCAGUGUUUUAUCGACAAGCUAUACAAGCGUUGCCAAAGCUGAGACUUCAAGUUGUCGGGAGAGGCCAGGAGCGGGGCUGCUGGCCACAGUCACUGCUCCUGGGACUUCUGAACACAUGUUGAGUGCCAUUUCCCACCGUGAAAAUCCUCGUCGUUUGCUCCUAACGCUUUUGACCGCAUCUGGGUUUUGGAUAGAGACUUACUGUGAGCAGCAAACGAGAUUUGUAGUGGGUCGGAGUGCUGGCUGAACAACCCACCUGCUUCCACCGACGGGGACGGGGGGUGGCUCCGGGCUUCCAAAGGAAACGUGGCCAAGGGAAGAGCAAGGCCCAAAGCUGAGGUACGGCCGGGCCAGCCCCCCGGUCCCUGCUGGCCACGCCAGCCUGCCUGUACUCCCACAACACGGGACGCUGCCCGCAGCGGUUGGAUGCUGGGAGAGGCGAGUGGUCUGCUCAGAGUUAACAGUUUUCCUACGCUGUGGGAGCGUCAGACCAGCGCCGUGGGGAGCGGAGGAGCCCCGGCGUGGGGUCCCCGUGGUGCUGCAGCCAUCAGCUGUGGGUGGGCGGGGAGUGGGCUGCUUCCUCUGGGCACGGGAGGUGGCAGAAGGGGUGGGUGGGGAAGGAAUGUCCUCUCCUUGCAGCUUCUUUCAUCUCACUACCGCCUUCGCAGUGCCCGCUUCGACUGGCCACAUCAAAGGUUCACCCCAUCUUUCACCUUCCAGAUGCCAGUUUUGUGCUCCCCUCCUCUCCCCCGUGCACGUGCUUGUGCUGCAGAGCUCAGUGCUGCUGCUCUCCGGCGAGGGCGAGCCCUCCGUACCCUCAUCCUUUGUUCUCUUCAUCUCUGUGGGGCGCUGGAUUACUUUGUAAAUAUUUAAACUCUGCUUCUGUGGUUUCAUAAUCCUGACGGUAGGGGAAAUAAACUUAUUUCUGUGGAUGUCUCCAAGCGCAGCAGCA